AUGCCUUCACCACCAUCGUCACUCGCCACCAUCAUCAUCGCGUUCGUCAUCAUCAUCGCUCUGUACCACACCGUUGCAACCGCCCUCGCCCAUGCGACCGGCCGUUACCGCACCAUGACGCCACUUGACACGUCGCACCUGGACCCGACUGUGAGCGUGACAGUCCGGCCCAGCGUGAACGUCGUCGCACUCCUAGGUCGUCUACCAUCGAACCGUGAGCUCCACCUUCCAAAUGACACCCUUGUACUCGACUCGGGCGCCUCCCACCACAUAGUCAAGGACGCGUCUCUCUUCGACGCCUGGCACACACGGUCACACGUCGCCGUUGAUGGCGCUGGCGGGUCACUCAUGGCACAAGGCACCGGCUCGAUCACGAUACGAACGUCGAAACAACGAACGAUCAAGCUCUGCAACGUCUACUACGUCCCCGACCUUCCGGCCAACCUGAUCUCGGUCAUGCAGCUGCGACGCGAGCGCGUUUACACCCACUUUGGCAAGACCAUCGAGCUCCGGUCACAAGGUCAACUCAUAGGUGUGGCAUCACUCAUUGCGAAUCAACUGUCGACACUGGACGCCACCCCAAUCCGCAGCACGGUGUCACCGGUCGCAGCAGCCGCCAUCCCUCUCCUGACUCUGCACCAACGAUUCGGCCACCUAUCCCUCCCCAACCUGCGAAGGGCAGUAUCGUCGGGUCAACUCCAAGGUCAAACAUGGACGUACUCGGCGGCCGAAUGCAAGGCCUUCUCCUGCGACACCUGCAAAGCCGCCAAAGCAACAAGGACGCCUUUCCCAACGUCGGACUCUCGCGCUUCGCAACCACUCGAACUGGUCCACUCCGACGUCCUCACUCUGCCCGAACCCGCCACCGAUGGGGAACGAUACGUUGUCACCUUCAUCGACGAUUUCUCCCGGAAGACGUGGGUCAGCGCGCUGAGGAACAAGAGUCAGGUCUUCGACACCUUCCAGCGUUGGCACGCCAUGAUCGAGCGCUCGACGGGCCUCAAGCUCCGCACGUUACGAACGGACAACGGCGGUGAAUAUACGUCCAAAGCCUUCAUCGAGUACUGCUCUCAUCACGGCAUUACCAGGCAACUCACGAUCCCUUACACCCCGGAGCAAAACGGCCGAGCCGAACGGACGAACCGCACAAUCGUCGAGGGGACGAUUGCCCUGCUCCAGCACUCGGGACUGCCCAUGACACUCUGGCGCGAGGCCCUCCGGUACGUUGUUGACACCAAAAACCUCAGCCCGCACAGCGCCAUCGAUCACAAAAUCCCGGACACUAUCUGGUAUGGCAAACCUCCCAGCACGGCAAACCUGAGAGCAUUCGGCUGCCGCGCCUGGCACACCACCCCUCGGCACAAGCGGGCAAAACUCGACCCCAAGGCCAAACCAUUCAUCUUCGUCGGCAUCGAAAACAAAACCAAGGCCUGGACGCUGUACGACCCAGAAACAACUUCGUUCUUCCAGAGCCGCGACGUCAGAUUCGAUGAGAACGUCUUCCCCGCUCGAGAUGCCCCGACUGGCCAACCGAAGCCUCGCACGACGUCCACUGCUGGCGACUGGACCUUCGUUGACGCUGCACAUGGCUCCCGCACUGCCCCACGUCUGUCACUCCCGCCCGUCGUGCACGAAAAUCGAUUUGCCGCACUUGAGACCGACGCGAGCGACGACGCAACAAUCGACAUGUCCGAUGAUGGCUUUGACACCCCGUCCGACAUGUCCAGGGCUCAGUUCUCGCCGUCACCUCCUGCGUCGGACGUGACCGAUGACUCGGCCGACCCCAUCGACUUCCUGUCAUGCCCGUCUCGCGCCGCUGCCUUUGCCGCCACCACUGCAGAUUCACCGGUCGUCGAACUCGAAGGGCCAACCGAGGACCCCCAGAAUUGGUCGCAGGCGGUCAAGUCAGGUAAAGAGGAGAUCUGGAGGCAAGUAGCAGCCGACGAGUUUCACUCCCUUGCCACCGAGUACAAAUGCUUCACCCCGAUUGACUCCUCCUCACUGCCCCCUGGCGCCAAAGUCCUUGGAUCCAGGUUCAUCUUCCGCACCAAACGCGAUCAACUUGGCAAGAUCACUUCGCACAAGGGCCGGCUCGUUGCACAGGGAUUCUCCCAGCGCCCAGGUAUCGAUUACGACGAGACUUUUGCCCCUGUUGCCAAGUUCACCUCCAUCCGAGCUCUCAUCGCCCUGGCCGCCGCCAAGAAACUCCACGUCCAUCAGGCCGACGUUGACAAGGCGUACCUCCACGGCGAGCUGAAGGAAGACCUCUACAUGCGCGUCCCACAAGGUGUUGACAUGCCCGGUAAAGUCCUCAAGCUCCAUCGAUCGAUCUACGGCCUCAAGCAUGCCGGCCGAGUCUGGAACGAGCACAUUGACUUGACGCUGAAAAGCCUCAACUACCGCGCCACAGCCAAGGACCACUGCGUGUACGUACGACGCGACGGCGACCACUACCACUACAUCGCCCUCUACGUCGACGACUUGCUGAUGGUCAGCCCCUCGGAGGACGAGAUUGAGCGCAUCCUCAACGGCCUGGAGCAAAAAUACGGCAUCAAGCGACUUGGCCCAGCCCAGUACAUCUUGGGGAUCCAGAUCAAGCGACAGGCCGACAAGUCCAUCAUCCUGUCGCAAGAGGCGUACAUCACGAGCAUCCUCCGCAGAUUUGGCAUGUCAGACAGCAGCCCCGCCUCCACGCCCAUGGCCCCGAACCGACAGCUCGAACAUUCGCUCGCGGAAACAUCCAAAACUGCUCGGACACGCUACAUGCAGGCUAUUGGAUGCCUCCUAUACGCCGCCACCGGUACUCGCCCGGACAUUUCCUACGCUGUCGGAUACCUCGCACGCUUCUCUGCCAGUCCCACACCCGAACACUGGACGGCCAUCAAGACCGUAUUUCGGUACUUACGUGGAACCGCACGUCUAGGCCUGCACUACAGCUCUGAACAAGGCAAGUUCUCAGGCUUCACCGGUUACUCUGAUGCAGACUGGGGAACCUGCACCACAUCGUCACGGUCGACCAUGGGGUACAGCUUCCACCUGGCCGGAUCUGUCAUCUCUUGGUCCUCCAAAGUGCAAAACCGUGUGGCCGACUCCACCACAGACGCCGAUUACCUCGCCCUCUCACACGCCUCCAAGGAAGCUGGUCACCUCCAAGAACUGCUUAUGGAACUGGGCAUCGACACACGAGCUCCCGUCCAGCUGUACGGCGACAACCAAGGUGCUAUUGCUCUCGCCAAGAACCCCACCCUUCACCACCGGUCCCGUCACAUUCGCAUUCGUGAGCACUUUGUACGCGACCAGGUCAGGCUGGGCACCAUCCAAGUCGACUAUGUGGACACGAAAACCAUGGUCGCCGACAUCUUCACCAAGGCACUUGGACCCUUGGUGUUCAAGGUACAUCGUGACAACCUGGGUCUUCGAGGCUAA